AUGACUAAGGAUAAUAGAAUGGAUACCCUCACAACCCCGGCAUCUCUCCCGUCACUCCCUUCACCCCCUCACAAGCCCACCUCUUGCAAACAACUCACCAUCCUCCCUCUGGAAAACUCCAAAACCAAACCCCAUUCCCCUCUAAAACCCCUUAAAACCUCUCAAAAAGAGGCUCUUUCCCAAAUUUAGGCUAGAAACCAAAAGUGUUCCUGCAAGCAACCUCUUAAUGAAGAGGAAAAAGAUGAAACUCGCCAUGCUAAAGGUCAACACUGAGAAGAACGAAGCUUUGAAUCCCUUCCAAGCCAUCAAUGAUAUGAAGAAUCUGAGCUGUGAAAUGAGCCCAAGGUCAGCUAAAACUGAAAGCUCCCAGGCAACUGAAGGAAAUCUAAGCUAUCUCUUCGUUAAGCCUAAGAGCUCUCUGAUGAGUAGUAAGGAGGGACUUCUAAACGAGUUCCUGACACAACAAGGAGUUUUUCAGAUCAACCUGCCCAUUGCUCUGAAUGAUUAUAAAUUUGAAUGUCAGUAA